AUGCAACGUAGUGCCUAUGAUCACACUAUUUUUUAUAAACAUUCUAACCGUGGCAGCGUUUUGUUAAUUGUCUAUGUGGAUGAUAUAGUGAUCAUAGGUGGUGAUGCAACGGGAAUUGAUGCGCUCAAAUCAUUUCUUAAAAAGAAAUUCCAUACAAAAGAUCUGGGCGUAUUGAAGUACUUCCUUGGAAUAGAGUUUGUUCGUUCUAAGAAAGGUAUAUUUCUUUCACAACGGAAAUAUGUGCUAGAAUUACUUGAAGAAUCUUGGCUCUUAGGGUCGAAGCCUUGCAAGCCUCCUAUAGACCAGAGUGUUAAGCUUGUAGCCGGUGAGAGGGAGCCUCUUGAAGAUCCAGAGUGGUAUAGGAGACUGGUGGGGAAAUUAAAUUACCUUACUAUCACUCGUCCGGAUAUUGCUUUUCCGGUGAGUGUGGUGAGUCAGUUCAUGGAGAAUCCGGAAAAAAUCCAUUGGGAAGCUGCAGUUCGAGUUGUGAAGUAUUUGAAGAGUGCUCCUGGGAAAGGAAUUUUGUAUGCCAAUCAUGGGCAUGUGAGCAUUGAGGCCUUCUCUGACGCUUAUUGGGCUGGGUCACCGAGUGACAGGAGGUCGACAACGGGGUAUUGUGUGUUCCUUGGUGGCAACCUAGUGUCGUGGAAAAGUAAGAAACAGGGUGUUGUGGCCCGCUCUAGUGCAGAAUCGGAGUAUAGAGCAAUGGCUCAUGUGGCAUGUGAGGUGACGUGGUUGUGUAAUGUUCUUGGGAGAUUGGUGUAG